UCCAAGGAACAAAAUUUCCAGAACUAAAAACUAGAAAUAGUGUCUAAAAUGGAAUUAAAAGAUUUCGACACGAUCCUGGAGUCUAUCGGGAGCUACGGCCCUUACCAACACAGGAUGAUGUUCUUUGUGGUCUCUAUGACGUCGUUGAUCAUUGGCUUACAGGUCAGCAUCAAGAUAUUCAUAACGAUUGUGCCUGAUCACUGGUGUCACGUGGAAGGACGGGAGUCCAGCUCCAUGUCAGUCGACGAGUGGAAAAACUUCACCAUUCCAAUGGUUACCGUUCGCUUACCGGUAUCCUGGCUACCGUUCGCUUACCGGUACCCUGGUUACCGCUGCACAUCGUGGGAGUACGAUCGUUCUUUGUUGCACGAGACACUGGCUACCACCAACGACUGGGUGUGUGACAGGGAGCUAUACUCGGUGCACAUCAUGUCGGCGAACAUAGCUGGCAGCUGCAUAAGCACCUUCAUCAUGCCCUACCUCGCUGAUAAGUACACUGGACGCAGACAGAUGUACCUGGUCUCCAUCUUCUUCCACUUCAUUUUCGAGUUCGCCACAAUCUUCACCUCGAACUUCCCCCUCCAUCUCGUUUGGAGAUUUUUGGCGGGCUGCAGCUUCCAGACCAACUACCAGAUGAGCUACAUCAUCAGCUUGGAGCUGAUGGCCCCCGGCAAGCGCGCCCUCGCAGAGACGCUCUCCUUCGCCACGUGGACGGUGGGCAUGUGUCUGACGUCACUGCUGGCCUGGGCGGCCGGCGACUGGCGGUACAUCAGCACCGUGUCACUGCUGCUCGACUCUUACAUGUUUGCUGUGUACUGGAUGAUGCCCGAGUCCCCUCGCUGGCUGCUGUCCAAGAACAGAACUCCAGAAGCCACCAAGAUCCUAAUGAAGAUCGCGGAGGUGAACAAAGUGACAGGAGCGAGUGCGGAAGACUUGCAGCAGCAGCUGACUGCUAUCGAGAAGCAGCAACCGACGGCGAUGACGUUCGCAGAGAUACGGCGGUAUCCGACAUUUUGCAGGACCGUCAUCUUGCUGUGCUGUAUCUCGGCAGCCAGCUACGUGGUCUACGGGGUGAUCAGCCUCGAUGUGAACUUCAUCGACAACAGUUAUUUCAUGAACUUCUUCCUGCUUUCUCUGAUGGAGUUCCCGUCACAAGUCACAGGCUGGCUCGGUGUGCAAUACCUCGGCCGGCGCCUCUCAGCCGUCCUGACUUACCUGCUGUGUGCCGGCACGUGCUGCGUUGCCGCACUCGUCGGGCAUGAGGGGCUCCUUACUGAUCGUCUCUUUCAUUUACUGGUGGUGGUGAGUCUGCUGAAGUGGCUGAGCACGUCUGCCCUGCUGAGCCUCUACCUGCAGGUCUCAGAGCUGUACCCCACCACGAUGCGGUCCACGGGCAUGGGCACCAUAGCCGUGUUCGGGACGGCCUUCUUCUCAGCCACGCCAUACAUCAUUAACGCGGACGAAGGCUCCGGAUUGAAAUAUCUGAUGUUGAUGGGCCUGAGCGCCGCCUGCGCGGUGCUGUCCAUUCCUCUGCCUGAGACGCUCUCAAUGCCGCUCCCGCAAACCCUGGCUGAGGCGGACAGCAUCGCCUCGGUCCGGCCUCUCAAGAAACUCAUCCACCACUGGAACGUGAAAAAGUUUACUCCGGUGCCCUUCUACGGGCAAACCUGCAGCAAUGAUAAGCAAGUAACGAGGGCGGAAGAAAGCGCCGCUCAGGAAAUCGCUUGUCUCAAGGAUGGCCAGGAAUAAAUCGUGAUCGAUUGUGAGAAAUUUUCAAUAGAAAGGGACAAUUAAAAGAAGCGACUCUGUUAAUAGAAAGCGACAGUGAUGGGCUGUGUGCGUAAUUUCGUUUGUUUAAAGAAUGAGGUUAGUUAGCUGCUGGUCAACUGAAAGCUCCAAUGGAAUUCAGAAAUUUUUGAAAACAUUUAAUGUCCGAUGUUAAUCUGGCGUCU